GCCUCCCGCCCAAGUAGAUACUUUGCUGCUCAAAAUGGCGCCGCUGGACCUGGAUAAGUAUGUGGAGAUUGCCCGGCAAUGCAAAUAUCUUCCUGAAAAUGACCUGAAGCGACUAUGUGAUUAUGUGUGUGAUCUGCUACUGGAGGAAUCAAAUGUUCAGCCGGUAUCUACACCCGUAACAGUUUGUGGAGAUAUACAUGGACAGUUUUAUGAUCUGUGUGAGCUCUUUAGAACUGGCGGCCAAGUUCCUGACACAAAUUACAUCUUCAUGGGUGACUUUGUAGAUAGAGGGUAUUACAGUUUAGAGACAUUCACCUACCUGCUUGCCCUGAAAGCCAAGUGGCCUGACCGUAUUACCUUGCUGCGAGGGAACCAUGAAAGCAGGCAGAUCACACAGGUGUAUGGAUUCUAUGAUGAGUGCCAGACAAAAUACGGAAAUGCCAAUGCUUGGAGAUAUUGCACAAAGGUUUUUGAUAUGCUGACUGUAGCAGCUUUGAUAGAUGAGCAGAUACUCUGUGUGCAUGGUGGCCUCUCUCCAGACAUAAAAACUCUGGACCAGAUACGAACGAUUGAACGCAAUCAAGAGAUACCACACAAAGGCGCUUUUUGUGACCUUGUUUGGUCAGACCCAGAAGAUGUGGAUACUUGGGCCAUCAGUCCUCGAGGAGCAGGGUGGUUAUUUGGAGCCAAAGUCACCAAUGAGUUCGUUCAUAUCAACAAUCUGAAGCUGAUUUGCAGAGCGCACCAGUUAGUGCAUGAGGGCUACAAAUUCAUGUUUGAUGAGAAGCUUGUGACUGUGUGGUCAGCUCCUAACUACUGCUACCGUUGUGGCAACAUCGCCUCUAUUAUGGUUUUCAAGGAUGUGAACACCCGAGAGCCAAAACUCUUUCGAGCUGUUCCUGACUCUGAGCGGGUUAUCCCUCCCAGAACCACCACACCGUACUUCCUCUGAAGUCCAUCCACUUUUUGUGUACUGUGCUGGAUUUCUUCUUUUUUUUUCAUUUUAUUUUAAGCACUUUGCUGCUGAAAUGCUGCAUCUUGCCUUUUUUUUCUUUUUAAAUUAUAGAAUAUAUAUUCUGUUUAUAUCGCUAUUGUUUCUUUGUUUAGAGGUCCUUGCAUUACAGGCCCCGUUUGUUGCCAGAAGGGUUUCUCCUAAUAAAUGGAGAUAAUCGACAACAAAGGUGAAAAAAAUACUCUGCGUUUAUGGAGGGGAUAAAUAUUCUGGCAGUAAAAAUAAGAAUAAUUUAGGAUGCCCAUACACAAGUAGAAUUACUUGUUUGACACCUAUGUGCAGGGCCAAAAUGCAUCUGAUCUGGGACUAGGCAGAGCUGUCUGGAGGUGAUGGCAUGAACACUCUUAUACUAUCCUCACCCAACAGUAUUUUCAAACCUGCAUGAUAGAUAUUUGGCUGAUUUACUAGCGAUCUCAAGAUUUUGACUGUAGGGAUGAAUCAUCAGCUUUUAUUGGCCCAUCUGUGGCUGGCUGGCUUUGGUUUAUAGUAUGGCAUUAAAGUGUUUACGAUUGCGGUUAUCAUUAGAUCAGCUGCACACUGAUAUCAUUAGGGCAAUGGCACAUGCAAUUUUAAAGGAAGAAGAGUAACACCAAAAAAUGUAUUAAUAUAAAUAAGCUGCUGUGUAGGCCACGGGGGCAGCCAUGCAAUCUUGAAUAAAGUAGAAAAGGAACAGGUUUUAUAGCAGAUAACAGAUUGUUUUACAGAGUUUAUCUACCCCUUAUUCAGGUCUGGACUGGAAUUCGGAAUAUUAUUUUAAAUUACACAGAGGCCCAAACCGCCCCCUUACCAGUCCAAUACAUAGGGACUGUUUAUGGCAUUUGCCAUGUUGCCGGUCUAUGCCUGCCCCUAUAGUUACACAACAGCUUUGUUUAGAGGAAAUUUCCAAAUGUUCAGUGUGUUACUCUUUGAAAUGAGAGAAAACUAUAAAAGUCAAUGAGUCCAGAAUAGUCAGAAAAAUCCCAUCAUACAAAUCUACUUUUAAACUUUAGUUUAUCAGAGUUCAACUUGCAAUGCUUCAUUCUUACAUUGUAUUGAGUGCCAUUCAAUAUUUAUUAUAUAACUGGUGAAAACCAAUUAUCUUGUUUGCAGAUUUUACAUUUUUGGUACAUAGUUUGAUCAAAUUAUUACAUACACAGAAUGUUUUUAUUUGAUUUGAGUUUGUAAUUCAAACUGGUUGUGAGACUGAAACCCUACCAAUCAGGCAUUUGUUUGAACAAAACAUUGGAAAAGCAAGCAGUUUUAAGGGCGGGGGUAUAAAGUUUAUUUUAAAGUAAACAGGCUCCCCAAUUAGUCAUCUUUUUGGUUGGUGAGAUUACUACCACUAGUGACUGGACAAAAGUCUGAAUCUGAAAAACCCCUGUCAGAAAAAAUAAAUCUUUAUUAUUUAAAAUGCUUAGUUUUAAAGCUACAGACAAGGAUCAGUGCUGCUGACAGGCUCUCUCCUCUGCUCUCUCAGUUGUCUUAUGAAGGGAUCAGCAACUCCAGCUUGCAUUCUGCCCAAACCAGGAAGUUGACACUGAGCUGGUUACCCCCCAUGCCUUCCCUCUGCUGCUUCAUUUGCAUUACAUUGAUCCGAUUGGCUGAAUCUCACCAGCUGAUUGUAUCACAAUAUGCAAGUGAAGCAGCAGAGGGAAGGCUUGUGCACAAACCAGUUCAGUGUCAACUUUUUUUUAUUUGCCUUCCAAGUCCUGAUCUGGGAAAUCCCUUACUGAGAGCAGGUGGCAGAUGGGAAAAGCCUGUGUUAGCAGUGCUGUCCUGGUCUGUAGCUUCAAAACUGAACUAAUAAAAAUGAUUUUCAAAAAUGUUUUAGUAAAAAGAAAAUCCAAGUAAUAAAAAUAGAUCAGUGAUUGCAAAGAUUACUUACCUUUAUGAAAUAUCAAAAGAAUCAAUUUUUCUUCCUGGUUAUUAUUGGCUGAACGCUAGUUUCCUAUCUAAUUCUUUUAAUGUUAAAGCACUUUUGUAGGUGGCUGCUAAGUGUGGUAUUAAAAAACCUUUAAGAGUAAGCAGUGUAAAGAGGAAAAUGCAUUUGCAUUGUGGUUAACCAUCAGAGCAUGCACGUUUUUGUUAUGCGCUACUGUAGGUGGCAAAUCCCAUAAAAAGCCUUUCUAUUGCCGAUCAUUUAGGUUGCUGCAAGUAAAACAUAUUACUCACUGCUACUGCCCUUUGCAUUUUCCUGUGACUAAGCCGGAUUGCUGCAAGUAAUAUGUUUUACUUCUGGCUGUCUAAAUGUUCUGCAAUAGGAAGGUUUUUUCGGGAAAUUCAAAAUCUCCUCAUCUUCCAGGGCCCUUAAAGUAACACACGGCUGCUUUCACCUUUGUGGCAUAAAAAUCAGAAAUUCAAAUCUGUGACCCCUCCUACACUAUUUACAUGAAUGUUCUCCGACCCUAUUGAAAAUUAGAUCUGAUACAAGACUACUAGUUUAAUACUGUUGCCUGUAUUUCUUUUGCAGUUUGUCCAUAUUAACAAUCUGAAGCUAAUUUGCAGAGCGCGCCAGUUAGUGCAUGAGGGCUACAAAUUCAUGUUUGGUGAGAAGCUUGUAACUGUGUGGGCUGCUUGCCAGAUUACCCUGCAGCAUGGCAAAGAUAGGCCCAAUCUAUAGUAAGAUUGUCACUUACCAUACUGGAGCAGAUAUGUGCCAUAAUAUAACAUGACGAGUUAUCAUGUGUUUACCAAAACACAAUUGAUCACUUGUUCAACGUGCAUUACUUUUCAGCAACUGGAAUCUUUGUUGUAGGUUAAAUGUGAUUCCCAAAGGCACUAUGGCUGGCGGACCGUGUGAACUAGAGGCUUGCAAUCUAAGAGUACUAACUCUGCAUUGAGUUAAUUUGUGUGCCAUUGCUCUCUGCACUGUAUGGCGGCUGUAUGCUUUCCUGUUAGUGGGGCAGAUGCACCAUAAUAGAAUAAAGCUCCCCAUAUCAGGUGCAGUGGCCAAAGGCAUCAGUUUGGUGUAAAGCCUUGGUUAACAAUAAGACCUGGUAGGGAAUGUAGGCACUCCCACUAUCCUUUGUGGAGUGAGUUGCCCAGCUGAAUUCUACACUUUCCCCCCUUCCUUGUGCUGUAAAUAUUGCUUUAAUUCACUGUUAUUUCCAAGCUGGUGAAAAAAAGUUGAAUAUACUGUUGGUUUUUUUUUUUUGUAAUGGCUCUCACCAUUUUCUGCUAUCUCUAUCCAAUAUUUGUAUUUUUCAUUUUUUUUCCUGUAAGGACCAGAAGAUUUCAGCAGCAAAGCUAUCAAGGACUGAUUUGUAAAUGCCUUGUGUUGUGCGUGUUAUAAACUUUUAUUACCCUUCAUCCGCCAUUUUGUUUUAAAGCAGAUCUGUAAAUGAGAAAAUAAAGCUUUUGUCAAAGGCUGCAUUUUUUUGGUAUUUUCAUUUUUAUUUUUAUGAAUAGAGACUUCAUUAAAAAAAAUGCAGCUUUUGUACAUGUAUAUUGAUAUAAUUGUACCAAUCCUUGUGUUUUUUCCCCCUCCAAAUAUCCUGUACUUUAAUAAAAUAUAUUGAGUCACAUAGAGGUUAAAUAUAUUAGGAAUAAAGAGAGUCUUUAAUAAUGCAUCUCUUUUUUUGAUGUUUAAAGGUUGGGGUGAAGUCACCAAAUAUACAAAAAAAAAAAA